UUUUAGCAUAUAUAUAUUUCGACUCUGGUGAGCUCAUUGCUACACUCGGUCGCAACACAAACACGCAAAUGCAACCAUACACCGCGUAUUAUAAGUGAGUGGAGCGCAUUGCAUUUAUCUUAAAUAAAUUCGAAUACAACGCGAAAAGAAAAUAACAAACAAACCCGAAAAAAGAAAAUACAAAAUAAGAAAAAGAGUUCAUUUUAGUGGUGAUGCGGCGUUAGUUGUCUAUGAACUUAACCUCAAAUGCAUUGUUUGUAAAUUAAUUUUUGACAUAAGCGAAAAAAGGUGUAAAAAUUGGCGAAAAAUAUAUAUUUUUCUGUAUUUUGUUGUUUUUUUUUAUUUUGAACGAAUCCAAGUGAACAUUCAACAUGAAUAUUAAGGAUCAAAUUAAAAUUGAUAUUGAAUGGGGCCAUGAAAGACUGGUGCGUGCACAACAAACUGUAGAAUUACGACCGUACGACGUCGAAGCGUGGUCAGUUUUAUUACGAGAAGCACAAAAUAGGCCGGCGAAUGAUGUUCGUUCACUGUACGAAUCGCUAGUGGCUGUUUUUCCGACCACAGCUCGUUUUUGGAAAAUUUUCAUCGAACAAGAGAUGAAAGCCCGAAACUAUGAGCGUGUGGAAAAGUUGUUUCAGAGGUGUCUCAUCAAAAUUUUGAACAUUGAUCUUUGGAAAUUGUAUUUAACAUAUGUAAAAGAGACUAAAUCCGGCUUGAGUACCCACAAAGAAAAAUUGGCGCAAGCUUAUGAUUUUGCAUUGGAAAAGAUUGGAAUGGAUUUGCAUUCAUUUUCAAUUUGGAGUGAUUAUGUGCAGUUUUUGCGAGGCGUUGAUGCGACCGGUAGUUUUGCCGAAAACCAAAAGAUCACAGCCGUACGGCGUGUAUAUCAAAAGGCCGUUCUAACGCCGAUCAUUGGCAUUGAAAUUUUGUGGAAAGAAUACAUUCAAUUCGAGCAAAACAUCAAUCCAAUAAUAUCCGAAAAAAUGAGCUUAGAACGUUCACGUGACUACAUGAAUGCACGUCGUGUGGCCAAAGAAUUGGAAGCAGUUACAAAAGGAUUGAAUCGAAAUCUACCGGCGAUUCCACCGACAUUGACCAAAGAAGAAGUGCGACAGGUUGAACUGUGGAAAAAGUACAUUGCAUUUGAAAAAUCGAAUCCAUUGCGAAGCGAGGACACCGCACUGGUUACACGACGCGUUAUGUUUGCAACGGAACAAUGUUUAUUGGUGUUAAACCAUCAUCCGGCUGUUUGGCAUCAGGCUGCACAGUAUUUAGAUCAGAGCUCAAAAUUGCUUACCGAAAAAGGAGAUGUCAAUGCGGCCAAAGCAUUUGCUGAUGAAGCCGCCAAUAUUUUAGAUCGUGCAAUUAACGGGCCAUUGUGUCGAAAUGCACUGUUGUACUUUGCCUAUGCUGACUUUGAGGAAGGUCGUAUGAAGUACGAUAAAGUACACCAAAUGUACAAUAAGUUCAUAUCGAUUCCGGAUGUUGACCCAACCUUGACCUAUGUACAGUACAUGAAAUUUGCGAGACGUGCUGAGGGCAUCAAAUCAGCUCGUACGGUGUUUAAAAAGGCUCGCGAAGAUAUUCGUUCACGUUAUCAUGUAUUUGUUGCUGCCGCGCUCAUGGAAUAUUAUUGCAGCAAAGAUAAAGAUAUUGCAUUUCGUAUAUUUGAAUUGGGUUUGAAGAAGUUUGGCGGUAAUCCUGAAUAUGUCAAAUGUUACGUUGACUAUCUAUCACAUUUGAAUGAGGAUAACAAUACCCGUGUACUGUUUGAACGUGUUCUUUCUUCUGGUGGUUUGACAUCGCAGUUAUCUGUCGACGUUUGGAAUCGCUUUUUGGAGUUUGAAUCAAAUAUCGGUGAUUUAUCGAGUAUUGUAAAAGUUGAACGUCGCCGUAGUGCCGUUUUGGAAACGCUCAAAGAUUUCGAAGGAAAAGAGACAGCACAGCUCGUUGAUCGAUAUAAGUUUUUGGACUUGUUCCCAUGUACAUCAGUUGAACUUAAAUCGAUUGGAUAUUCACCUGACACCGGCCUAUUCACAAAGCAGACAGAAGCUGAAAAUGAAGAAAUUGUAUGUCAAUUGCCUCGGCCCGAUUUUUCGCAAAUGAUACCGUACAAACCAAAAUCAAAUCCAUAUCCGUAUGAGCAUCCAUUGGGUGGUGGAACCUUUCCACAACCACCGGCUUUGGCUUUACUUUGUUCUCAAUUACCACCGCCGGUAUGCUUUCGCGGUCCGUUUGUCGCAAUUGAUUCGCUUAUUGAUGUAUUCAAUCGUAUCAAAUUGCCAGAAAAUUCACCCGUUCCGAAUGCCAGCGAUAAUGGAUGUGAUGUAAAACUAUUUGAUCUGGCCAAAUCGGUGCACUGGAUCGUCGAAGAUAGUGCGUAUUCGGGCGAAGGUUUAAAACGAAAAAUGCUGCCAGUCAAUGAUGAUAGUGACGACGAAACAACCGCAUCAAGACCACCACCAGCACAAGACAUUUAUCGAUUGAGACAACAGAAACGUUUUAAUAAGUCCUAAUUUUCAUAUUUGUAUUAGCCAAACAAAAUUGCAUACAUUCGUUAUAACAAAAAAAAAACUUAUUCAAACUUAAUAAAGACUUCAUAAAAAGAAAAU